CGAGCCGAGGACGAGCGCGAGCGCGCCCCCGGAGUCGGAGCCGGAGCCGGAGCCGGAGUCGGAGUCUCAGGCUGGCCGUGAGCAUCCGGAAGGUUCUAAGCAAGUCAGGCUGGAUUGGAUCCCCGUUUGGGACCAGCGACACCCCAACCCCCCCACCACCCAAGGGCCGUCCCCAGGCGGAGGGUGUGCCAGAGGUCAGCCGGAGCCCCGGAGCCCACUGAAUGAACUAAAGGGGACAGCAGCGGCCUGAGCGCGGCCGGCCCGGCCUUUGAAAGGGCAGACCCGCCAGCUGCCCGCACGCUGAGCUGUCUCUGGGAUUGUCCUUGUGACUUUGGGUUUCAGUUGACAGAAGGCCACCUCGAGGCAGUCCUGGAGCUCUGAAGUGACCGCCCCAUGCUCCGGGAGGCUGCCCGGCAGCCCAACAGGAGCGGUGCCCAUGAGCAGGGAGCUGGGGCCGCGGGGCCGUUCACUGGGCUGGGCCCGGAGGCGCUGAUGGCUGGUGCAGUGCUGGCCUCCCCAGACUAAACUUCGUUCCUGAGAAUGAUCCAGGGGGAAGAUAUGGAUUGUUGCCCAGAGGUGCCCUGUGAAAAGCGCUAUUUCCCAGACUCCCUGGAUUCCAGUGACGCUGACGAUGAAGGAAUCCUGGCCUGUGAGGAUUUAGAGCUCAAUGCUUUCGACGGGUUGCCUUAUUCUUCUCGGUACUAUAAACUUUUGAAAGAAAGAGAAGAUCUUCCGGUAUGGAAAGAAAAAUAUCCCUUCAUGGAGAGUCUUCUCCAGAGCCAGAUUGUGAUUGUGGCCGGAGAGGCGAAGUGUGGCAAGAGCUCCCAGGUGCCACAGUGGUGCGCCGAAUACUGCCUGUCCACUCGUUACCAGCACGGCGGGGUGGUCUGCACACAGGUGCACACGCAGACCGCGGUCCAGCUGGCUCUGCGAGUCGCCGACGAGAUGGACGUGAUCUUGGGGCACGAAGUCGGCUAUGUCAUCCCUUUCGAAAACUGCUGCACCAGUGAAACCAUCCUGAGGUUCUGUACAGAUGAGAUCUUGCAAAGAGAAAUGAUGUCGAUUCCUUUUCUGGGCUGCUAUGGGGUCAUCAUCCUGGAUGACGUGCACGAAAGGAGUAUCUCGACGGACGUGUUACUCGGGCUUUUGAAGGACAUUUUGCUGGCCAGGCCCGAACUGAAGCUUGUCAUUAUGACCUCCCCUCCCCUGGUGGGCAAGCUCAGUUCUUACUACGGGGCUGUCCCUCACAUCGAAGUGAGAAAUGAGUCGCCCGUGGAGGUGGUGCACCUGUGCGCGACUCCCAAGGACCACCUGGUGUCCGUCAUCCAGCUGAUCUUUGAGAUCCAUCACACCGGAGAGGAGGGCGACAUCGCAGCCUUUCUGGCCUGUGAGCAAGAAAUUGAAAAAGUCCAUGAGAUUGUCUGUCAGGAAAGCUCUAACUUAAACCCAGAUCUCGGGGAGUUGAUGGUUGUCCCUUUGUAUCCAAAAGAAAAAUGCCUCCUGUUCAAGCCAAAUGAAGACGUAGAAAAAAGAAGCCAAAUUUACCAAAGAAAAGUGGUGUUGACGACCAGCUCGGGAGAGUCCCUGCUCCGAGGCGGCUCCGUCCGGUUUGUGAUUGACGUGGGCCUAGAGCGGAGAAAGGUCUACAGGCCUAGGAUCAGAGCCAGCUCCCUCAUCCUGCAGCCCAUCAGCAGGAGCCAGGCCGACAUCCGCAAGCAGAUUCUGGGCGCUUCGUCCUCAGGCAAACUGUUCCGUCUGUACUCUGAGGAGUUUUCCUGCAAGGACAUGAAGCCCCUGAAGGUCCCGGAAUUACAGGAGGCCAACCUGACCAGCCUGGUCCUUUUCCUGAAGCGCAUCGACAUCGCCGGCCUGGGCCACUGUGAUUUCCUGAGCAGACCAGCUCCUGAAAGCUUAAUGCAAGCGCUAGAAGACCUGGACUACCUGGCAGCCCUGGAUAACGAUGGGAACCUCUCGGAAUUCGGCAUCAUCAUGUCAGAGUUUCCUCUGGAUCCUAAGCUGUCCAAGGCCAUCUUAGCCUCUUGUGAAUUUGACUGUGUCGAUGAAAUGCUCACCAUUGCCGCCAUGGUAACAGCUCCUGAUUGCUUCCUGCCCCUGCCCCCCGGCGCAGAGGAGGCCCGGCAGCGGAGGACGGACCUCUCCCACCCAGACGGCGACCACCUGACGCUCCUCAACGUGUACAAGACUUACCAGGAAGCCAGCGAGAACUUAGUGGAGAAAUGGUGCACGGAUCACUUCCUCAGCUUGCCAGCGCUCAGGAUGGCCGAGAGCAUCCGCGACGAGCUCUUGGACAUCGUCAAGCGGAUUGAGCUCCCCUACUCUGAGCCGGCUUUUGGCUCGAAGGAAAACACCCUGAACAUAAAGAAAGCUCUCAUAGCCGGUUACUUUAUGCAGAUCGCUCGGGACGUUGAUGGAUCGGGGAACUACCUGAUGCUGACCCACAAGCAGGUGGCUCAGCUGCACCCCCUUUCGUGCUAUUAUGACAUGAAGAAGAUCCCAGAGUGGGUGGUCUUCCACACAUUCAGCAUUUCUGAGAACAACUGCAUCCAGAUCAUCUCUGAAAUCUCUCCCGAGCUAUUCAUGCAGUUGGCGCCACCAUAUUACUUCAGUAAUCUGCCUCCUAGUGAGAGCAAGGAUAUUCUGCAGCAAGUGAUCAAUCACUUAGCGCCCAUCUCCACGGUGAAAAAGGACCAGAAGCCAGGCAAAGAGAAAAUGUGCGAAGAGUGCCCGGAAGCUGCUGCCGAGCCGCGGUGCGUCAUUCAGUGACUCUGAAACCUUAAUUCUACACUAUACAGGAUGUGCAAUAAACACCCAACAUUAACCAUUGUAGUGGUUUGUCAACAUGAAGGAUGUACAGAGACCUAACACGAGGCGAGACAAAUCAGCCAGCCGAGAUAAUUUUGUACAAAUAAAAUGCUUUGUACAUCGUUCAAGCAACCUGAAUAAACAGUCGUUGCUCGGUUUUUAAUUCCUAGCCUGUGUGUCGUUUCUUUUGGAGUAAGGAAUGAGUUUUUAAUAAAUGUUGCACAAGCCCAGGGUA